UUCAGCUGUCCCCUAUAUCAUGCCGAAGGCAUUACACCUUUUAGACCAAUUGCCUGGUUUUAGGCCAAACGCCAUGGACUUCAUUUGCCAAAAAAACCCAAAGUCUUUUUAUUUUCUUAAGAUAGAUUUGAACAACCUUGACUCUACAACUGAAUUGACCAAUCCAUGUCCCCCCUCAUCCUGGUCUUUACGUUACUUUCUUUCAUACCCCAAGCGUAUUAUACCACCAACUACUUUAUUUAUUUGACAUUCACCUUUCACAGCAUCCAUCAAAUUAUAACGAUUACAUAAAUAUACAAAUAAUUACAACAUUUCCACCAAUACAAGCAGCUUGAAAGAGUGACAGAAGCGAGGCAUAAUAUAAGCUACCAUAGCUUCCUUCUCAAUUCUGUCGAAAAUACUUUGUUUUGUGCAUAUUUCUGUCAACCUUUUAAUAUUGAAUAUGCUAUAAAUGUGUAUAUCAUUAUGUUUUCUUGAAAUAAAUUCUGUUUAAAUCAAGUGAGCACAGCUAGGAUCGAAUAAGGCUAGAAGCAGUUUUAUUAGAAUUUCGGCUUGGAUGACCAUAGCCAUUUCCCUCGAGCAAUUAACAUUUCUAGGCGGAUAAAGUAAAACUAAACGUUUCAACAAAAUAUUUCCUUGUCUCACUGCUUUAUGACCUUCACCCAAUGUAAACAUAACAUGUUAUGUUAUGUUAUGAAUGUAAUCAUCCGAUACGAUUCCAUGUAGUACUCGUUUCAAAAACACAGGUGUCAUUAAUGGUUAAACUUAUUUAAUUUUUCUUGCACCGAUAGUUCCGUUUAAAUCCCUUUAAAGCUUUUCUUAUUUAAAUGUUUGCCUACCAGGUAUUCGUCGGCCAUUUUUAUUUUUAUGAAAAUGACAUCAUUUGGCACGUACUCCUCGGUCACUGGCAAUUAUGCAAUUAUCGCCCUCAUUUGCCGUGAAAAUCUCACGGGUGGAACCGAUAAUCAUUUUUGCGGGAUCGAAUUUCUAUGGUAAAAUGUAACUUUAUAUAGUAACAUAUGUAUUAUGUGUUGUCAUUUGUUUGUUUAGGAUGUACAAGUUUAUUUAUCAUCGUUUAAAAGAUCUUGUUUUGUUGGUUGUUGUUGUGGAUUUUUGAAAUAUGUAUCUUUAUUUUCUUAUUGUCUUGUAUUUUUGCUGUUAUUUGAAUAUGAAAGAAGUCGAAAAAAGUAAAAUUACAGAGAUGAGCAAAUCUGAGAAUUUGAUUUUUUGUUUUUUCAAUAUCUCUAUACGACAAAUACCCAUUACCCAAGCAAUGCACAAGUCUACAGAGAUGUUUACAUAAUCUUUCUUUUAUUUUACAAAAUCCCUGACGAUUCCCGUUCGGGCAACAGUCCAAACACGAGGAUAAAAUUUAAAGGUAGGAAAGGAAGAGCACAUAAAGGCAAGAAUGCAGGGGAACACGUACCACAACCGGACGGGGAUAUAAAAGAGAUGGCAAAAGAAGGACGAGGACAAAUCUCUGGUCAUGGUGCAGCUGGCAACACAAAUAAGCGGCCCCUGCAGCCACUAGAUAACAGUGACGAUGACAAUACACACAAACCAUUCUCUCAGCCUAAUAGCUCAAACAGCCCUAAAAAAGACACGGACGGUGCCGAGAGCGGAUCGAAAGAGAAAGUUGAGGGAACAGGGUGUACACACUAUAAAACCGUAUGGGGACUACGUUUGGACCUCUUACUGCUGACAAUCGUAAUAGCUAUUGCUACGGUUAGAUUCAAGACUCCGCUCGGCGAACAGCAAGUGGUGAUAGGAAAUCCGGAUAUUCAAAAACAAUUGGUAUACCUUCACGAAGGAUAUUACAAAGUUAAAAAUCAAUUGGAACAUUUGAAAUCUGAGGUAAACAAAAAUUCGGAUAAAAAUAACAAUCAUCGAAGCUGCUCACCAUACAUUAUGAUAUCAUGAAGAUAAAUGACAUUC